UCUAAUUUUCACGGUCUUUCUUUCUACAGUAAGAUAUUGUAUGGCCGCAUCGGAAAGGGGCUAAUAUCAAACUCAGUUAAUGUUUCUAACCGAGAUGAAUACGUAUAGACAUUAUUUUUCGUUUUGGGAAUUCCCUUCGCCUUAAAAAUAAUAUUUAAAAAACUGAAAGGACAGUUAGUCGCUGUCAGUGUCACUGUCAGAAUCAGUCCAGUAAUUCCAGUUUGUAAAUGUAAUCCUAAUCUCGUUCUCGUUUGUUGUUCAUGUAAUGUUGUGAUUUUUUUGUUCCAACUCCUCAAAAAUGAAUAACGACGACGUAAAGUCUGUAGUUCAAGAGAAAUUUCUGACAAGUGAACGAGUAACAGCAUUUUUAAGUGAAGCCAAAAUAUUACAUCCAGAAUGGGUUAAAAAGGACAGACUUCUAGCCAUCGUCGAAUAUGGAGACGAAAAAGCUGUCUUCUGUUUACAUACCUCCUCCUACCCUCCCAAAUCUUUCACGGACUUAUCUAUAGAGAUUGUUUUACCAAUUGAUAAUAGCUUUAAAUGUGAAAUCGACAACAAGCCAUCAGAUCCUGAAGCUAUUCUGUACCUGAAUCUUCAGUCUCGUAAUAUUAAGUUUAAAUUUGAAAUUCAAAUGACUACUAGGGUAGAUAACUUCGUAGAUGACCUCUUCAGAGGUAUCGAAGCUGUUAGCAAAAUGCCUACACAACCUGAGUUUCUGUGGCUAAAGAAAUAUCACGGUAAGACUGAAGAUGAAAUCAUACGGCAAACUAUGGUUUUGCCGAGGAGUGGCGUUGUUAACACGCAAGCUCCUGUCGCCAUAAGAGAAAGCCUUAUAAAACACAAGAUGUGUGAUAGAGAGUUGGACUACACAUUUACCAAAAAGUUCACAGUAUUCUGUGGCACUUGGAAUGUCAAUGAUAAAUCUCCAGUGAUCCCACUGAAAGGCUGGUUGAGUGUUGACAAAGAGCCCCCUGAUAUUUAUGCAGUUGGUUUCCAAGAACUGGAUUUAUCUAAGGAAACUUUUCUCUUUGACCAAACAUUAAGGGAAGAUGAAUGGUAUAAUGCAGUAAUUGGAAGUGUGGACCCGAGAGCCAAAUAUGUAAAAGUUGAGAGAGUGAGAUUAGUUGGAAUGAUGUUGAUAGUACUUAUCAAGCAGAAAUAUGUCUCACAUGUACGUAACAUUAUGUGUGAUACAGUGGGCACUGGUAUUAUGGGUAAAAUGGGGAAUAAAGGAGCAGUCGCUGUGAGGUUUGAUCUCCACAACACCUCUAUUUGCUUUGUCAACUCCCAUCUAGCUGCACAUGUGGAAGAAUAUGAGAGGAGGAACCAGGACUUCAGGGACAUUUGCAACAGAACAAGAUUCAUUCAACCCAAUCAGCUACCUAAAGCUAUAAAAGACCAUGACCAUAUUUAUUGGAUAGGAGACCUCAACUACCGUAUUACUGAGCUGGAUCCUACAAAUGUGAAGAAACUGGUUAGUGAAAACAACUUUACACCAGUUCUUGAAUGGGACCAGCUGAAACAACAGCACAAGAUUAGUAAUGUGUUUGCUGGGUACACAGAGGGCCCCAUAACAUUUAAGCCCACAUACAAAUAUGACCCUGGUACUGAUAAUUGGGAUUCUAGUGAAAAAAAUAGAGCACCUGCUUGGUGUGACAGAAUAUUUUGGAGAGGAGAGAAUAUAACACAAUUAGAAUAUAGAAGUCAUCCUGCUCUAAAUAUCAGUGAUCAUAAACCUGUUUCUGCCAUAUUCACAUCAUAUGUUAAAAUCAUUGAUGAGGAUAGGUACAGAAAAGUGUAUGAGGAUGUCAUAAAACAAUUGGAUAAAAUGGAAAAUGAGCUCAUUCCACAGGUUAAAGUUGAUGUGACUGAAAUUGAUUUUGGGACAGUGCGCUACCUUGAACUUCAAGUACGUACUAUAACAAUAAAAAAUAUAGGAAAACUGCCAGUAGAAUUUGAAUUCAUCAAGAAGCUUGAUGAAACAAGCUUUUGUAAAGAGUGGUUGAUUGUGGAACCUUACAAAAAAUGUAUUUGUGCAGAUGAAACAUGUGAAAUUCAACUUAAAGUACUUAUCAAUAAGACUUCAGCCUGUAAAAUGAAUGCUGGAACUGAUAAACUGUAUGAUAUUUUAGUAUUACACCUAUAUGGGGGGAAAGAUAUCUUCAUAACUGUUAAUGGGACCUACCAAAGGAGUUGUUUUGGCUGUUCAAUAGAGGUGCUGGUGAAUCUUAACAUGCCAAUCAGAGAAGUGCCAGUUGGAAAAUUAAUUGAAUUAGAAAAUAAAAGAGAUCAGUGUGUUUCCAACCAGUCCACUUAUUCUAUACCCAAAGAGAUUUGGUUUUUAGUUGACCAUAUAUAUUUGCAUGGGUUAAAAGAGCCCAAUUUGUUUGAGCAACCUGGUCUCCAUUCUGAAGUUCUGCAAAUAAGAGAUUGGCUGGAUAGUGGCUCAGUUGAUCCCAUACCAGGCAGCAUUCAUUCUGUUGCAGAAGCCCUUUUGCUGCUAUUAGAGAGUACUGUAGACCCCAUUAUCCCCUACAAUCUGCAGUCAGUGUGUCUGAGGGCAUCUGCCAAUUACCUUCAGUGUAAACAAAUUGUCAUGGAGUUACCAGAAUUCAGAAAGAAUGUAUUCUUAUAUUUAUGUGAAUUCUUACAAGAAGCAUUACAGCACAGUGCUGAUAAUGGGCUUGAUUCAAAAACAUUGUCAACAUUAUUUGGAGCUAUAUUCCUUAGAGAUAAUCCUAAUCAGAUGCAGGAGCCACAGUCGCGAAUAAAUAAACAAGUUAUAGACAAGAAAAAAGCCCAAUUUGUUUAUCAUUUCCUUGUGAAUGACCACAGUGAUUUAAUUUUCACUAGAUAAGAAUAUAUUAUUGUUUUAAGUACCUACUAAUUUAUUUAAAUACUCAUUUUUCCAUUAGAUCUAAUUUAAAUUAUUCUCUUUUAAAUAUUUUAUGUAUGACUUACAUCUUGUAUUAAUAUUGUCUGUAGACUGUAAUAAUUAUAAAAAUAUAAUGAUUAAAUUAUUACAUAAUAUGAAUAUAACUAUCUAUGUUGUUACUUUGUAAUGUGUGUGAAUAAUAAUCACUGUUAGAAAUACACUAUACAGACAACAAAAUAAUUUUAUAACUAAUGUUAUUUAUGUAUUAAAUGACAUUUUGAUCCCAUUAGACUUGGCCAGUUUAAAUAUCGAUAUAGUAGUAGCAAAUCUAUGUUAUCAUAACCCUGAUGCCAGAAAGAUGUGCACUUAUUUGAUCGCAUAAGUGUUCACAAAGUGUUGCACUGGCAUUUAAUAGUUUAUAAUAUAUUUGUGCACUUAUAAAUUGUAUUUGAACCUAUUUGAACAAAGGGUUCAUUUUUGUGCGUACGUGUUUGGUGCGGGCUUAAGAUUUGUUUUUAUUUUAUUUAUUUAGGAUGUUUCUAUGACUUAACCAUAUGACAGUAACGAGAAUAAUAUAAUUAUGUCGUUUAUUCUAAUCGCAACGAAGAUCUUUUAUGUUUACUUAGUGUAUUCUUUAUAUUGUAGCAUAGAUUAUAAGUUAGAAUAGUUGAAAUCCAUUUGCCAAAUAUUUUACAAAUACAAAACAACAAAAGAGUGUAAUAACACUCUAAUAAUAACUAUAAAAGUAAUAACUUUUACAGUGUUAAUUAUAAAUUUAGCACUUAGUAUUAGUCAAAAUUCACAUUAUGCAACAGAGACUCAGUAAAGGUUGCCCUAGUACGAGGUUCUACAGGGGUAAUAUUUACUCCUAGAUGGUAGUACGUUUGCUUAUUCCCUCUAUAAUAUGAAUUUAGACUACUACUAAAAUUGCGAUUUUAGCGUAAUUUUACUCUGAUGCUAAACCUUGUUUUAAAUUGAACCUGUUAAUGAAUAGGAACGUCGUAAGCAAUUAAGAGUCGACACGGCAUACUUAUAUUCGACGGAAGAUGUAUCAAGUGUUUCACAGAAGUAUACGUUAGUGCGCGAAAGAUCUCUCCAGUAUGCAAGAUUGAACGCCAUAGUUUCCAGUUUAAUAUUGUAAUCUUUAAUCAUAUCAAAACGUAGUGUUUAAAUUAUCCUUGGUCACAUCAUUUUAUUUGUCAGUUCUGCCGUUCCGCGACGGAUAAGAUGCGACCAAGACGCUACGCGUCUUCCGUCAUAUAAGAAAACGGGCCCGU